UAAUUCCUCAGAUCUCUCAAUUUCUCAUUCUAUUUCGUUCCUUGAUUUUGCUGCAAUACGGAUUUCCCGUUUCUUGGCUGUGAUUUUGGUCAUAUGAUAAUAAGGUUGAAUAUGUGCUAAAGUUCCUUUUUUGGACUUCGAAGCAGUGACAAGUUGUAGCAACAAUUUAUUGGAACACCAUGGGUCACAGAAAUAUGCUAUGCCCUAGCCAGAUGAUAGAUUUAGAAAUGGAUCAGCGUGGCCAGGGAUAUCCCCAUCACGAGCCCUGCAUUAUUUUGGGUGGCAGACCUAAUUACCCCCCGCCUGAUUUGCAGAUGAGAGUCACAGCUCCAGGGAACACAACUACUCUUGAUACUCAUCCCUUACCGGAUCAUUAUGACAACAGUAUGUUCUAUGGGAUUCCCCAGUACCCCGGUGUUCAGCAUCAUAAUCAUUCCCCAAAUCUUGAUCUUGGUAUUGGAAGUGCAUCCAACUAUUACAUUCCCUAUAUGGCUAGCCCUUCGUUGGUUACUCCUGUAAAUCAUGGGCCCACAGACCAGACGCCAUCUUCAAGCAACUAUGGUCCUCUAGGAGUUUCAGCAGAUGAAUAUGCUAGGAGUUGCCACUUCAUGGAUAAUGUUAGAGGCUCAUAUAAGAGAAAGAAUUCUGAAGGAAUCCCAGCAAAUUUUCAGCAUUUUAAUGCCUCACCAAGCUCUAGUUCCUCGGUUACACCAUUAAAUGCUAGACAUCCUGAGGGAGUUGGCACAAUGGAUGUGGCACCCUUCACCAUUCCUCAGUUUAGGGGGAAUGGCCCUCCACCGAUUAGAGAAGCUGGAUCCCAAAUAAGUGUUAGGAACAGAUUAGGGGCAACUGCAGUGGAUCCCGUUUUGAUGCAUAGUGCUAACCAUGUUUUUCAAGGAAAUUACAUUGGUCAGCCUUUUCAGCCGACAAUAACGGAUGGAGGUGCCCCAGCUUGGACCCAGGCUCCUGGGGUUCCUUAUAUGCUUGGUAGCAACAUGGCUAGACCUAUGGAGAAUAAUCUUAGAAGUUCCGCAAACUUCUCUCAAUUUUCUCCCCUUGAUGUUCGGAACCAUAACUUCCAUCACCCUGCACCACCUAUUGAAGGAGUAAGAAGUCAUAGCGUUAACAUUCAUCCACAAGUAGCACCAGUUCCGCCUCGCUUCCCAGCAAGUUAUACCUCACCAGGCUCCAUGAAUCCUUCACAUGAUGGUUGGCAGGUAGGGCGUAGGCAUUUGGGACCAAUGCCUCCUACCGGCUUUAGGAUAUAUCAUUCGCGCCGAGAGAGUGGUAUUGUACCUGAGACCACUGUGAGACACCACAAUCUUCCUCGUUUGAGAGUUCUUCCACCAGAUGGAGUUGCUGUAUUGGAGCUCCCAGAAUUUUAUGAAGUAGGAAAUUCUGUUGAUCACCACCGAGAUAUGCAAUUGGAUAUAGAGGACAUGUCUUAUGAGGAACUGUUGGCGCUGGGCGAGUGGAUCGGAAACGUGAAUACUGGUUUGUCUGAGGAAACCAUUACAAGUAAAUUGAAAACAAGAACUUAUUCAACAUUUGCUACAAAUAUUAAUCUGGAAGAAGCAGCACCCAUUGACCAGGAACCCGAUUCAUGCAUUAUUUGCCAGGAGGAUUAUAAGAACGAAGAGAAGAUCGGAACUCUUGAUUGUGGACAUGAUUAUCACGCAGAUUGCUUGAAGAAGUGGUUGUUUGUGAAGAACGUAUGCCCCAUUUGCAAAUCCGAGGCAUUAACCACAGAGUCCAAGAAUGUAUGAUGGAGGCUACAUAAUUGAGGAAAUAACAAUAAAUUACAUAAAAUGGAUGAUGUUGGUAGAAUCAAGAUUUGGGAAAGCUCUCCUAUAUGUUUCUAGAUUGAUAUUUGGUAAAGUAUUUUGUACAUGAACUUGCAGAUAUCUCUAACAGACGGUCAAUCCAUUAUUUGCUGGCUUUGUAAUUAUCAAACAAUUGUACAGACGAUCAUUAUGCAAUUUCAUGCUGUAAUGUUAAACUUCAACUA